AUAUUAUAGCUGCAGCACCCAGGAAUAGACGUUCCUAGGAAGGCUGAGAAGUGUGAUCCCCCUGUAGCUUUUUGAGGCUGACCGAGAGGUACUUUCCAUGGCCUCGCCAAACUCGCCCAAGCCGGGUUCUGCCUGCCCUACCAGUACCUGUCAGCUGCCUCUGGAGACCCCCGGGCUCAUAAUUCCUGGUAGGCCGUCUUCUUCAACUUGACAGCCUCCCUCACCUCUGAUGUCUACCAUUGGGUACAGGGGUUACCACCACGACUGGCACUAACCACCCUGCAGCCACAGCUCCGUACGGCCACCUCCACAAUGGAGGUCUGGAACAAUGUCCAUUCAGACUCAAUGUCCCAAACCUUCCCCAGUUUUGCCCGAGGUGCGAGUUGAAGAUCUGGCGAACAGGAGCCUCUGCCAGGCAUUACCAGCAGACCCUCACUAUACGCAGACCAGCUUCCUCCCCUGCCACCGGAGCCAACUCAUUACCAGGUGGUGAUUAUUUCACAGCUCUGCCCCUCUCUUCACCUGAGUGUCCAAGACAGAAGGCUGCAGAUCAGCUGAUAUGAUUAUAAAAUCGAUCAUUGACCUGUAGCCCUGGGUAUAUUAGUACCAUGUCCACUUAUGAACACCCUUAUGCUUGAACAUAGUGUUUGUUAUGGACAAAUCAUACCUUGCAUAGAAGUCCAACAACAGAUCACAACUCUGGUUCGGAUCAGAGAGUCCAUUUCUCCCAAUCACCCCCCUAUAGGCCACACUGGCACUGCCCACGUGAGCAUAGAAAUCCCCCAGCAGAACUAUGGAAUCCGCUUGUGGUGUCCUAACCAGCACACCACUCAGGAAGUCCAAGAAGGCUGGGUACUCCGAACUGUCAUUCGGCGCUUAGGCGCAAAUGAGUCAGAGACCUCUCCCUCACCCAAAGGCGCAGGGAGACAGUCCUAUUGUUCACCAGGGUAAACUCCGAUGUUAAUGCACCGAGCUGUGGGGCCACCAGUAGCCCUACCCCAGCCCGGCAUCACUCACCUGCCGCAACUCCAGACGAAAAGUGUAUCCAGCCACUCUCCAAGAGAUUGGAUCCAGAGCCCAUGCUAUGUGUUGAGAGGAGCCCAACUAUAUCUAGUCGGUAUCUCUCAGCCUCACGCACAAGCUCAGGCUCCUUCCACAUGAGAGAGGUGACAUUCCAUGUCACAAAAGCCAAUUUAGUCAGCAGGGGAUCGGUCCACUAGGGUCUCCCUUGGCUUCCACUUGAUCCACAUCGCACCAAACCCAUGACAUUGCCCUUGCGGGGGGUAGGCCCACCUGGGGACGGUCCUGUGCACCUCUUUUGGGCUGGCCCCCCAUCCUGGGUUGUUCCCUGCCUUGUGCCCAUUGGUUCCAGGAUAGGCUCCGGACCCCCCGCGACCCAGUAGGAUAAGCGGUUUGGAAAAUGGAUGGAUGGAUGGAUUCAACAGCAAUGUCUCUUACCAGGACUCAAGAUAAUUCACAGACUUUGUACAACAGAAGAAAGAUAACAAAGAUGAUCCUUUCUGUGGAAAGUGGUAUUUGUCCACGUCAAAGUGACAUUAAACAGUUCCAGUUGGGAACCACUCACAAACUCUCCUGCAGACAGGACAUUGUCUUCACUAUCGGUCAGAAAGUGGAAGUGAAUUGGUUAAAGGACUGUAACCCAUUAGGUAGACAUGAUCAAAAAAUCCUAAUACGUAACAUCACAGAGAAGAGUGCUGGAAAAUACACAUGUCAGAUAAAUUUUAUUUAUGAGAAUAGGAACUACACGGCAUCACGGACAACCCUACUGAAAGUUAAGAAUGAAGCAGUACUGCUGCCACCUAAAGUGAUGCAACCUCGAAAUGAAAUUGUGGCAGUGAAACCAGGUUUGAAAGCAGAGUUAGAAUGUAAAGCAUUCAUUGGAUUAAGUGAAAAGGCAAAGACUGAGACUGUAAUCUAUUGGAUGUUCAACUACACCUUUAUUGACCAAUACCAGGAUCUGAGUGAACAUCUGGAAUUCCUGGUUUCCAGGGUGAAACAAGGGAAUUCCAAGAUGUAUAGUGUGUCCAAAUUGUCUAUUGCUGAAGUUCGGAAGGAGUUUUUCCAUGUGCCUUUCCGCUGCAUCGUUUAUAACUCUGUCGGGCGUGAUGUGGGACUGAUACAACUGACUCCAGCCAAUGACAGAACCUUUUAUAUCCAUGUUUUAAUCUUUGUGGUUAUACCCAUGGCUGUCGUCUUGCUGGUAUACCGUUUCUUCAAGGUUGACUUGGUAUUGGGCUUCCGAGGUAUGCAGCAAGUUUUCUGCCCCAAUUUACUUUCAGAUGGAAAACUCUACGAUGCUUAUGUGUGUUAUCUUCAUCACAACAACCUGUUUUCUUCUCAUGCUGAGAACUUCGUCAUGCACAUCCUGCCUGAGGUGCUAGAAGGACUGCAUGGAUACAAACUCUUCAUUAGAGGACGAGACAAUUUGCCUGGAGAGGCAAUCCAUGACAUCAUUGAAGACACUGUUAGGAAAAGCAGGAGAAUGAUCAUUGUUGUUUCAACGAUAAGCCCAAAUGAUCUGGACCAAAAUGAACGACUAAACCAGUUCCAGGAUGUAUAUGAACAGCAAAUUGGCCUUUAUGAUGCUCUGAUCAAGGACACACUCCAAGUCAUUCUGUUGGAGAUGGAUGAAAACAUUAACUACUCUCUUCUCCCAGAGUCAGUGAAGUAUGUAAAGCAGAAGCAGGGUGCUUUAAGGUGGAAACCAUGCAGAGGGGAUUCAACAGCUCUUCCUAACCGCCGAUUCUGGAAGGUCCUGAGAUACCAUAUGUCUGAAACAAGGUCACGAUCUAUAAUGGAACCGAUCUUACCAACUACCAAACACCCUCAGGCAGAAACCAAACCAAUAAUGCACACUGUUUAAUGCACACUGACUGCAUACUAUUUUGGAAAGUUAAAUCCUUAUUCCUACUCAUGUAAAUAGAACAUUAUACCGCUUUGCCAAAGUUCUGCAUGUAAGAAGAAUUACCAUCUUAUUCAUUUAGAGACUUGGACCACAUUCCUUUUUUGUUAUUUACUUUUUUUUUAAAAAAGUACCACAUGUUCUCAAAAACAAUAAAGUUCUCAUCUGGGU